AUGGUAGCCCGUCGCCGAUUCAGCCGCCGCUUGAUCGCUCUGGCUGCCGCCCUCGCUCUGCUCGGUCUAUACCACUUCUUCGCCUUAGACUCCGGCUUCACAUUCGAACCUCAGUCUCAAUCAAUAGACCAUCGGCGCCCGUCCGAUUCCAACUCGAACUCGAACCCCAGCCCCAGCGAUGCCGACGACGGAGCGUCGUUCUGUCCCCCCAUGGAGGGUAUGGACGAUAUUCUGGUCGUCAUGAAAACCGGUGUGACGGAAGCGAAGGAUAAAGUUCCUGUCCAUUUCAAAACCACGUUGCGCUGCGUCCCGAACUACAUCAUCUACUCCGACUUUGAGGAAGAGAUCGAGGGCGUCAAGAUCUACGAUGUGCUGCAAGGCAUGGACCCGGACGUCAUGAAGCAAGUCCCCGAUUUUGACCUCUACAAUCGCAUCAAGAAGCUCGGGCGCCAGGGACUUGCCCAGGAUGACUUUGCGGACGAGGCGAACUCGGCCGUGGGCAAACCGAACAAUCCCGGGUGGAAGUUGGACAAGUGGAAGUUCCUGCCCAUGAUCAUCGAGUCCCUGCGCUACCGGCCCAAGGCCAAGUGGUACGUCUUCAUGGAAGCCGACACGUACAUCUCCUGGCCGACGCUGCUGCGAUGGCUCAAGCACUUCGACCACCGAAAGCCAUGGUAUCUUGGCACCGAAACACAGAUUGCCGAUGUGAUUUUCGCGCACGGUGGAUCGGGCUUCAUGAUCUCGCAUCCGGCGCUGAAAUUGGCGGCGGAAGAGUACACCGCCCGUCGGACGGAAUUGCAUCACUAUACAGACGGACACUGGGCCGGUGAUUGUGUCCUGGGCAAAGUGUUGGCUGACGCGGGCGUCAACCUCCACUUUUCGUGGCCAAUUUUACAAAAUUCCAACCUCGGAGAGCUGGAUGAAUUCAAUGUCGAUCUCUAUCGGCAACCAUGGUGUUUCAUCGCCGCCGCAUUUCACCACCUCAACGCUCGCCAAAUACAAGAUCUUUGGGCUUACGAGCAAAAGCGCUGGCACGAUGUAGGUCGAUCUCUUUUAGUCCCUCCCUUUUCCAGAACUGACUCUGACACACUCCCUUCUUUCUCCAUCGUUCAGAAAAAUAAACGCAUCCUGCUCCACAGCGACGUCUUCCGCGAUCUCCUCUACCCCGAAAUGGUCAUGAAACCCGCCCGCACCGGGUGGGACAAUCUGUCCACCGACGAACAAGCCCCCGCCACCACCUUCGAAGAAUGUCGCCAAAUAUGCAACCGUCUCAAAGACUGUACACAAUUCUCUUUCCGUGAUCAAAGCUGUUUCACUAACCGAACGCCUCGUCUCGGUACGGCGCACUCUCAAUGCCGUCUCGGGUUGGUUAGUCGAUCGCAUUCGCGAUAA